AUGCCGCCCAGCACCAAGUGCCGCACUGCCCGCGAAAAGUGCGACGGCAUCCAGCCCAUCUGCUUUACCUGCGCCUCCUCCAACCGCGAUUGCACCUAUACCGCCAAUCCCAAGAAGCGUGGGAUCCAGCCGGGAUACAUACGGACACUGGAGCUGGCUCUGGCAUGGACGUUUGCCAACGUGCCGGCAAGCGAGGAUGCACUGCUGAACCUACUGGUCCAGCCCGACGGCCGCGCCCUGCUCUCUGGGAAGGAUCAGGACGGCUCCUACAAGCUCCACCGGAAGUGGAGGAAAAGCGCCUUCUGCCGCGACAUAGAUCGCGUUCUGUCCGGCGCCGACCCGGUUGCAUUCGGCGAGAAGCCAGCCUCCCCAAACUCACCCGACGACGACCAACUGGACGACGCCGAUGGCGCAUCAAUCAUCGCUGCCACCCCUGUUGCACCAUCCUCCCUACCGAGCGGUGGUGCGCAGCUUCACCGCCCCCCUUCUGUAGCUGGCGGCUCGGAAAGUUCAGUUCAGCGAAGACCUGAGCCUGCACAGAGCCCUGCAGCCAUCUCCACAACCCAGCCGCUCGCUCCGGUGAACAGGCCACCUGUUCCCCUUCGCCCCAGACUCAGAGUUCCAUCAAACUUGUGGCGGCUGUUUGACGUCUACUUCGCCUACACGCACUGCUGGUUCCCCAUUGCCGAGAAGCACGAUGUGCUUAAGAUUUCAUACUCGUAUCCCGACGACGGGCUUGAUAUUUCGGCAAAUAGCCCUGGGUCGGGAGAACAUGCAGAGCUUUGGAGUAUACUGGCUGUUGCAUCCGUCCAGGAGCACGCUGCCAACCCUUCAUCCGCUCAACAAAGUGAGGAUGGUGCGAGACUGCUACCCGGAGAUAUUUACAACAUAGCUCGAAGUUUAAUCCCCAGCGAGCAAGGAUCGCACGAGAUUGGCCAUGUCAAAGCUCUGCUGCUACUUGCUUUGGUCAACAUCGGAGCUAACACUUCGCGAGCCGCCUGGUUUCUCAUCGGCUAUGCCGCCCGUUUGGCAUUCGUCCUUGGCUUGCACAACGCCUUCCAGCCUCAGGGGCGGUUUCAUGGCAAUGAGGAUCAGAGCCCAAGAGGGAAACACGUUUUCUUGGCUUGCUUCGCUCUUGACACUAUCGUAUCUGCCCACCUCGGAAGAGAGCCAUUCAUGAGGCGAGAGCAUGUCGAUCGUGUUGGCUUGAUCGCAGAGGAUGGGCUGGAAGAAUGGCAUCCUUGGGUUGGCUGCCCUGACUUCAGACCAAGUUCUUUAAAUCCAGCUCAGUACAAUAGGAGCCCUGUUCACACCAUCAGCACCUUCAACCACAUCAUAAGGCUGCUCAGCAUUGUGAAUGAUGUCACAGUAGGGGCUCUUGAUGGUCACUCGGCUUCUAUGCAUCUACAGCAGUGGAUCACUGGCCUGCCUCCCACGUUCAAGUCGGUCCAAUCGAGCCAGCUCCCUCCGGCGCCAACGCCUACACUCUUCAGCUUGCGACUCAUAUAUCUCUGGACGACAAUGGCAUUUGCGGUCCCGAGCGUCGUGCCUCCUGAGAUGGUUGCCGAGUCGCUCCUCAGGUUUGGGGACGCUUUUGGCACUCCGGCUCUCCUGCCGAUAUUCAGCCCACUUAUUGCUUUGGCAGGCCGCAGUGGUGCAUUCGAGACUCUGCCGCCAGACACUAGAUCCAGAUGGACCACUCUGCUUAGCAAUUACCGGGAGCUAUGGAGGAAACGGGAAACCACGAAAGAUGCAUCCUUGUCAGGCCACAUCAUCAUCAUCGAAUCCAGCGAGCGGAAUCAUUUCGAGAUCACCGGCCUACCCGUCCCCAAUAUCCCAAUAUCCCACGUCGGCAUCGGCGGCCUUCAGCCCGCCUCCGUUCAACAUCGGCAAGAAUAUGCACGAAACAACCAGCAACUCCCAAUUUCAGCAGCCGUUUAG